UUGUCAGCUCCUAACUUGACCAAAUACAAAUCUCUCUCUCUCUAUUUUAUUUUCUAUAUAUAUAAACAAAGAAAUCAAAAUUCAAGCUAAAGAUAAGCCAUCAACCCCGCACCGGUUUUGCCCACGAACCAGCCUUCAUUUCUGUGCCUCAACUGACUUUACCCUUAUCAGUUUUCCUUCUCUAUUCUUCAUCUUUAUCAGUUGUUGUCUGUUGCUUCAAUUUAGAAAAAUAUGGAGUACUGCAUGGCUGCAAGAGCCUUGAAAUCAAGUUUACGCAGCGAACUCGCCUCCAAAUAUACCCAACAAACUCUCUUUGAGGAUAUCUUGUUUUCCAAUGCAAAUAAUGGUGUUGUUUCGUGCGAAGAUUUCUCUGUUGAUGGUUUCUUUGACUUCUCUAAUGGCGAAUGUUAUAUUCAAGAGCAAAACUUGUUAGAAGUAGAGGAGGAAGAGGACGAGGAAGAAGAGAAAGAUUCUCUUUCUGUUUCGUCUCAAGAUCGUGUGGAUGAUGACAACACCAAUUCUAGCACCUUUUCUGAUUCUCUCCUCACCAGCGAAUUCUCUGUACCAGUUGAAGAUUUGGCUGAUCUAGAAUGGGUUUCUCAAAUUGUGGAUGAUUCUUCCUCAGAAUUCUCCCUUCAGUACCCUUGGAAAGCAGAGAGCCAUGCAAUAAACAACAGAUUUCAACCACAAACCCAGCCGGCCAAAGUUUCAUAUCUUUUCCCUGCUCCAAUCCCAUCCAAGCCAAGAUCCAAACGGCUCAGACCCACCGCUAGGACCUGGUCAGUUGGUUCUCCGGUCACAGACUUAUCAUCAUCAUCUUCUUCUUCUUCUUCUUCUUCUCCGGCAUCAUCUUCUGCUUCAACGCCAUGUCUUGUUCCCGCCAACACGGUCCAAAGCAUUGACUCGUUAUUAACGGAACCACCAAUGAAAAAACCAAAGAAAAAACUUACACCUCAAAUCGGUGGUGCUCUGGGGUCAACCCAGUUCCAGCGGCGGUGUAGUCAUUGUCAGGUUCAAAAGACUCCGCAGUGGAGAACCGGUCCGCUCGGGCCCAAGACGCUAUGUAACGCUUGCGGUGUUCGUUAUAAAUCGGGCCGGCUUUUUCCAGAAUAUAGACCGGCUUGUAGCCCAACCUUUUCAGUGGAUGUUCACUCCAACAGUCAUCGGAGAGUAUUGGAGAUGAGGAAGAAAAAGGAAAUGGCCGAGCCAGAGUCCGGGUCGAUUCUAAAUUUUUGAAGGUUUUAGGACCAUGAGUUAGGUUUACGUGAACCGGUAACCGAACCCGGUUUAAGGUCUGUUUGCAGGAUUCAGGAUUUGUAACAGUAACAGAUUAUAGGUAAGGUAGGUAAUUUUCUUAUUAUAGGGUGAAAUUCUAUUUCUAGUAUUUUUAUUUAGGUUUUUUUUUUUAAUUUUUAUUACCUUUUAAUUUUAAGACUAGUUAAUGAAAAGGAAAGAAUUUAUGUAGAAGUUAAUUAGAAUAUUUAUUUAAUAUCUAAUUAUUCAUGUGA